UUUCACUCGUGACGUCUGCUACCUCCUGUGAAAGUGUGUGUUGUUUGUACUGCAAGAGUGAUGCGAUCUCUAAAUCUGCCCUUAUUUAUAACAGUGCAACUUCGCCAGUCUGUUCACUUUAAGACGUAGUGCACACUGUGUUCACGAAUGCGGUAGGGGCCUCCUGGGACCAUGCUUAGCCGUCUGCAGGAGCUGAAGAAGGAAGAGGAGACUCUUCUGAAAAUCAAGGGGAUGUUGCAGGAUCAGCUCAACAGACUCAAGUUUGAAGAAGGAGCACUGAGGUCACUGAUCAAUGCCCAGAAUGCAGAAUGCACAGAGGAGACUGCCUCAGCCCAGGUGGAAAUUAAUCCAGAUGAUGAGGCAGAAAUCAACCAGACAGAACUAGUCCUCGGAGCCCCAAUAGAUCAGAACAUGGAGGAAGAGGAGGAAGAGGAUGAGGAGGACGAAAAUGAAGAUGAUGACGAAGACGAAGAUGAGGAUGGUAACAACGAACUUGUAAUGAUGCUGGGAGUGGGAGGGGAGGAGGAGGACUACGAGGACGAUGACGACUGUUACUGAUCGUUAGUGACCUGCUCCUGCAAACCUGGAUGUGAUGUGAUGUCCUUGCACCCCUGGUCUCCGUGGUGACGUUUAUGCUGUAGGAUGUAAUCAGUCUGUAAUGAGAGUAGCUCGUGAGCUCAUUGCUAGGAAUCACUGUCCUCUCAUUGUAACUCUAGCCAAGGCUUUCUAAUAUCAUUGGAGUACAUGGAAAGUGUUGUGGACUUUGGACUGUUUCAUGUGCUAUUUAACCGUCAACGACAAAACAAAACAAAAGUGAAGUCCUUUUGGUAUAGAAUUGCAUUCAGCCUGAAUGUAAGAUGUAAGCUACCUUUAUUCAGCGCUUCUGUUCUGACUGGUUUGUAAAUAUUGGGACUUUUUGAGAGCACGCUUAAAUUCAAAAGGUCUUUAGUAAACUUAACACAGCAGUUGAUGUAUAUAUUAAACAAGUCAUGAAAAAUCAUGUUGUUUUUCUGAGCCACUAAGAGAUCACUGCUACCUUUGCCUUGAAAUGACUAUAAGUAUGAUCGUUUGGAUAUUAUAAAGUAACUGAGCACAAAAGAGAAGACAUGGGAUUAUUUUGAUGUUUACAUUCUUUUGAAACCACAUUGUCACUUUAGAGAUUGUACAUUUUGUUAAUGUGACGGUAAAGAAACAGAAUAUGUUCAAUAAAUGCGCUUUUGAUAUUA